AUGUCGGAAAUGAGUCUGGAGGCAGAGCAGGAGCAGGCAGACGAGGAGCUGGCAGAGGCCGAGGGCGGGGAAGAAGACCUUCUCACGGAGGACGACAUGUGGCCCGAGGACAACGUGUUGGACUUGAGCUGCCUCAGCUGCAAGCGGCACCUUUGCCACCGAGGCAUGCGUGUCCAUCUCGUGUCGAAUGCGGAGAUCUCGCUCUUUUCCACGGAUUUCCGGCCGCACGUGCGCGAGGCCCCCGGCGAGCGCGAGCACGGCAUGUGCCACUGCCGCGUGCGGGACGCGCUUUGCAGCUGUGGCUGUACCGUUGGCUACCACGUGAUCUUGCCAGGCUCAGGGACUGUGCAGCAGCGAGUGUGA